AUGGUUCUCUACGAGCGCCGCGCCUUCGGUGGCGGCAGCUCGCAGCGUCGCCCGCCGCCCUUCGCGCCGGCGCCAGGUCCGUCUUUCCUGCGCCCCGCCUUCCCCCAGGACGACGUGCUGCGUCCUGCGCCGCUUCAUCAGCCGCCGCCUCCCAGAGCGAAUCAGGACAGGGCGGCCGCCGCGGACAACCUGCUGUCGCUCAUCCAGUCCGCGCGGCCCCGCGGCAGCUAUGAAGGAGGUCCGAGAGGCCGGGAGGAGUCCGGCAGCACGUCCGAGGACCAGACGCCGCCCCUGGGACGCGGGAGGAAGCGGCAGGAGCUGCAGGAGCUGCAGGAGCUCAACUCCAGUCCUAUCAUCAAGAAGAAGAGGCCCGGCAGGCCCGCCAAGCCCGUGAGGGAGGAGGACAUGCAGGACGGGGACCAGCCCAAGAGGAAGAGGAGGGACAAGAAGCCCACGUAUAUUGUGCGCAAGGAGAAGAAGGCAAUGCUGGAGGCCGAGCUCGUGCAACUCAAGCAGCAGGUGCUCCAGCUGCGCAGAGCCAGCGGCAUCCCCGACGCGUUCUUCAUGGAGAAGGAGCGGCUGAUCGCCAAGGCCCAAGACAACGACAGACUCCGGGCCGAGUCCAGGAAGCAGGACAUGCUGCUGAGGAACGCCCACGCCAUCUUGUCGGCCGAGUACCUGAUGAAGCGGUCCGAGAGCCCCAUCGAGACGUUCAUCCACCUCACAGGGGACCUGAAGCAGCGCAGAGCGGCGCUCGUGGACAUCCGCGAGAUGAAGCUCAAGCAGGCGGACGACUUUAUCACCGAGAGGUCCAAGUUCCUCCCGCAGAUCUCGCACUGGUGCCAGGAGAACAAGUUUGAGUCGGAGGAAGGACACUUUUACGCCGAGAAAAUGGACAACACGCCGUUCCAUGGCGCGAGAUCCGUGCGCCAGGUGUUCGAGGCGCUGCAGUUUUUCUUUAGGAAUAUGGAGAUCAGCAUCUCCGAGAUGCUCGGGGAUAUCACAGUGAGGGAGGACGACGACAGCACGGCAAGCAACUCGUUCUCGAACCAUCGGCUGGUGAGCACGAUGGCCCACGGCGUCAAAGUGGAGAAGAACAUCGUCAAGUUUUUCCAGCUGGUCGAGCCUGAUGUGGAUGAUGACAACGAGGGGAGCGCGUCCUACGCGCUCGUGUCGACCGACUCGGUGGAUCUGGACGACAUGUACCCUUACGUCCCGGAUGAACGCAUUCGCAUGGAUAUCAAUGCGGCGAUGAAGUUCACGGAGCAUUUCUGCAAGAAGCCGCCGAACCGGAAGAGAAAGACACGCACCAGACACCCUCUGUACGGUAACGGAGGCUUCCCAUACCAGCAAGACCCUGAGGAGGAGGAGGAAGCGGAGGACGACGAGUUCGAGCGAGUGGUGGUGCUCACGCGCUUCUUCCGCGUGAAGCUUCACCACACAGAGAUGGACAUUCCGCCUCACGUUCUACAGGAAAUCCGCCAGGGGCUCGCCUGCUUCUCGGAUACCAUGGUCCGCAGCAUGCACCGUGUCAUUUUCGAGUCCCUGUAA